AACUGAUGCUGUGCACGAAAUAAGAAUAAGAUGACAAGUUCGCAAACAAGCAAAAAAUGCACACAAACCUUGAAAGAUCACGAACAACGUUUGGAGACCUCUUCUGAUAUGAAUGCUGAGUUACAUUUGGAGUGCGUAAAAUGAGCGUUGCGUUGGAUUUAAGGGUACGGUAUCUGCUUGGCACCGCGGUUUUCGUGGAAAACCAUUUACCUUCAUCAGUGGCUAUCUGAAAAGUCCUGGAAUAAUUAAAUCUUGGAUUGGGGCUACCCACCACGGAUCAGUUUGAGAUUUGGGAUUUAUAUCAGCGCAAUAAAUGGAACCAUACGUGGACGCAGUUCUGCGAUUAUUGGAGUUUACAUCUUUGAGUAACUUCUAGUACAGGACGAUCAGGAUGAAAAGAUGGCGACCAUGCUCCUACCAGCGGGUCCUGAUGGCUUGCGACCGUUCACUCGCGAGUCUCUGGCGGCCAUCGAGCAGAGGAUCAGCGAAGAGCGGGCGAGGAACGCCAAGGAAUACCAGGCGGACCCUGGAAACACCGAGGAGCCCAAACCCCGGGCCGACAUGGAGGCCGGGAAGGUGCUUCCUCGUAUCUUCGGCGACAUUCCCCCAGGACUGGUCGGAGUCCCGCUGGACGACAUCGACCCUUUCUACUUCAAAAAUCAUAGGACGUUUGUAGUACUAAACAAAGGAAAAGUCAUCUUUCGCUUUAGUUCCACAUCUGCACUUUACAUCUUCAGUCCUUUUCACUGCAUUCGAAGAAUCUCCAUACGAAUUCUAGUCCAUUCUUUGUUCAGUUUGUUUAUCAUGUGCACAAUUUUGACAAACUGCUGCUUCAUGGCAAUGUCAGACCCUCCACAGUGGACCAAAUACAUUGAGCUCCUGAUAGCUGCAUUGGUAUACAUUCACAGGCAUUUACACAUUUGAGUCUUUAAUAAAGAUGUUAGCCAGAGGCUUUUGUCUGGAGUCCUUCACAUUUCUCCGAGAUCCCUGGAACUGGCUGGAUUUCAGUGUCAUCGUCAUGGCAUAUGUGACAGAGUUUGUGGACCUUGGGAACGUGUCAGCUUUACGGACCUUCAGAGUUCUACGCGCUCUCAAAACAAUAUCAGUGAUCCCAG